AUGAACUCAACAAAUCCAGCAACAGUUCUGGGUUUCGGUACGUGGAAGCAGAUUGUAGAUAAAUUCCUCUAUUGUGCGAACUCUUCAAAGCAAACAGGAGGUUCGAAGAAAAUUAAAGAAGCAAACUUACCCCCGCACACUCAUACAGGAACUACAAACUUUUCUGGCGACCAUAGUCACUCAUUAAGAGACCAUCCAUUAUACAACUCAGAAUAUUAUGCUGGCAAUGACGUUUUAUCUCCAGAUUAUAACCAUGCAGCAAAAAAGACUUUUCGACCAACUGAACCAGGAGGAAAUCAUUCACACACUUUCACAACAAAUCCAACAGGUUCGGGUGAAGAUUAUAUGCCACCAUUUAUGACUGUAUUCGCAUGGUACCGCAUUUAUUGA